AUGGAUCUGAUGGUCGCGCAUUUCAACCCUCAUAAUCGUCAUCACUAUUAUUCAUCGACUCCCAUGUGGAGCGGUCCGGCCGGUCAGACAGUCCAGUCGGGCCAAGACCAGUUCAGUCCCACCUUCCUGCCAGAUGACCCGAGGCCAAUGGACAAGGAACCCAACAGUUUCGACUUCGAUUGGGAUAGCGAUUCUCAAAAGUACGAUUUGUGUUACUGUAAAGUGUACUGUAUUUCAUACAGAACAGUUGGAUACCUAGCUAACUCCAAUUAGGAACAGCUUCAGCUUUAUAUAGGUUACUUUUGUUGCUAUUAAAUGGAUAAAACGUCGAAAAACUUGAACAAACAUAUGAGUCAUGUCAAAAGAGUUCGCACAAUCGUAUGUAGACAUAACUCGUUCUGAAGAGUAGCGAGACAAAGCGAUGACGAAAUACUUACUGUAGCUGAGACGUAAAUAGUGAUUAGCGCAGUAGAUGACAUGUGUAAACUAGCGGUGUGAUUCAAGUAAAGUUAUAUUCAGAUUCUGGAUCAAGGAUUCAGAUUUUAAAUCUCAAUUGAGGUUUAAAACACUAAAUCUAAGUUUAUAAAAACUUUUUAAACCCUUUAUAAACUCCUAACAUUUAAUACUUUCAGCUACAUGGACAUAUUCCAACAGAGCGACUUGAGCGGCUUCAGCAACUUUAUCGGCCACCACCCCAACAACUUGAUCCCCCCUACCCACCUCCCUCCCCAAUUACAUUCCCAACCGGUCGUAUCACAACAUGCCCAGCCCAACGGCUACCCAAUGUCGACUACUGCCCAGGUCAAAUCUGACCCUCAACUAUCGGCCGCCGUCUCAACCCUCGCUGCCGCGGCCGCCAUGAACAGCUACGGAACUCAGAUGCAUCAGAAUCCAGUACAACCUCAACGACACACUAGUGGAGGGCCUCAACGACAUCUGAAUGCGCCGUCAACUUCCAGCGACCUCAUGGGGUAUCAAAACGAAAGGUAAGAAUGAUUAUCAAUUCUUGAACGUUAUAACUCUCUAAUGGAUAAACUCACUAUGUUUCAACCAUAUGUUAGUUUUGAUCCCGUAAUUAUAUCAUUUAAACACGGGGCCAACAAAACUAAAGCGUUUACAUCUACUUGAAUCAUAUGUUGUGACUCAGAAUCUUGAUUACGUCACCUCUCACCGUUUUCCUUCGAUUCAGGGAUUCGAAUGAGAACAGUGAGAAGGAGGGGUGAGGUUUGCGAAACUCGGGAGGUUACUCACGGAAUUGGGUGCAGCUCUGCUCUCGACUCUGGUCAUUUGCUUAGACUGUCUAACAUAACACUAAUUUUAAGAUCGGAUAUAUGUAGUAAGUAGUGGCUUUUGAUAGGAAUGCCCACUUUUCAGUUUUAAAAGAAAUCUAAAAACUUAUUUUCCUAAAAAAUAGGGUUAAAAUGGUCUGAGAAAGUCUAAAAAUAACAUUUUUAAAGUGAUCUUGAUCUUCACAAUAUUACCUUUUCAAUUUCAGUCUGGACCUCGACGAGCAAGAAAGACGCAAACUCGAACGGAAACGUGCUCGGAAUCGGAUGGCAGCUUCAAAAUGUCGCCAAAGGAAACUCGAGAGAAUCCAGGAGUUGGAGAUUCAGCUUCAACAAGAACGAGAAAAGAACGUGCACCUUAUCUCUCGAGCUGAGUUCAUGAGGAACCGCGUCGAAGACCUCACCAAGAUCGUAGAACAACAUCGUCAAAGCGGCUGUGCCUUGGAACUGCCCCAUUGGUACCGCAGCCCACCUCUACAACACGACAUGAACAUGUAG